ACCAAAACACACAUAACAAAGAUAAUAGAUAUGAAGAGGAAGAUGAAGUUAGCGUUCAUAGAAAAUGGUAAAUCGAGGAAAACAACAUUCACCAAAAGGAAGAAAGGGAUGAUGAAGAAACUCGAGGAGCUAGUCACUCUAUGUGGUGUUAAAGCAUGUGCGGUCGUCUAUAGCUCGUACAACUCGAUCCCGGAGGCUUGGCCAUCAAGAGAAGGCGUUGAAGAAGUGGUGUCAAAGUUUAUGGAGUUGUCGAUGAUGGACCGGACCAAGAAGAUGGUGGAUCAAGAGACUUUUACACGUCAAAGGAUCGCCAAAGCAAAAGAGCAGCUGCAGAAGCUACGUGAUGAGAACCGUAAUUCUCAUAUUCGAGAUUUAAUGUUUGGUUGUCUCAAAGGAGAGACGGAUGUGUAUCAUCUUGAUGGAAAUGAUCUUCAAGAUUUGAGUUUAUUGAUUGAUAAGUAUCUCGAUGGCCUUACUCACAGGAUUGAGAUCUUUACUGAGAACGGUGAGUCUUCUUCAUCUUUACCUCUUCCUAUUGUUGAGGAUGCAGCUGCCCAGAUCGGAUUUGAUGGUCAGGACGAGGGCAUUCCUUGCAUGGACAGCAACAACUACCAACCCGAAAUCGAUUGUCUUGCUACCAUCACCACUGCCACCACUGAUGUUUGUGCUCCUAACAUCACCAAUAAUCUCUAGUCUAAGGGAUAUAUUUCGAGUGAAGUGUUUGAUCGUUUGCAUUUAUGUUUUCUCCAUUUCAUAAGACAAAAUUUACAUGUGAUGUCUUUUUUAUUAUUAUUAAUUGUUGUGAUACUUAAAGGUUUUGCCUUUAAGUUCGUUUCCAUUGAUGUAUUUGCUUGAAAAAAUUUAGUUCUAUUUG